UUCUUCAUUCAUUUUCUCUCUCCUAUUUUUUUAAUCACCUUCACAUGUUUAUAAAAAGCGUGCAAUUGCAAUACUUUCGCACUAAAUCUAGUCUUCAAAAGCAGCCGUAUCAACUAACACCUCCUUUUUUACUCUGCCAAAAUCUCAAUCUCAUUCGUUUUCUUAAUGUGAAUGUAACUCAAUAAUAUCAUUUCAAUGAAUACCAAAUCAACGUAAUAUUUUUGUUUUUUUUCCUCAUUUUAUGUUUGAUCCAUGAUUCUUCAUUGCCGAGUAAAACGCUGUGAUUUGCAGAGAUUCUGCAAAAAUGAAAAGUUCGGUUGUUCUUUUGUUUGUUCUGGGUUGUUCAAUCAGCUGGGUUUCUUUCGUUUCAGCUGGCUUCAAUCAUCAACAAUCUAUCAACCCCAUCAACACUAUUUUGGGCAAUCAGAGCUUGGGUCCUUUGAAAGAUGGAAUCUUAGGCCAAGCCCAAGCACCGAGCCCUGCGUAUGAUGAGCCUAAGAUCCCUUUGGUGUUGGCCGGGAAUCGAACCAAGAGACCCGAUAUACUAAAAAAAUUUAGGAUUUAUCAGGAUGGAUGGGACAUAUCAAAUAAGCAUUACUGGGCUUCUGUCGCUUUUACCGGUGCUGCUGGUUUCAUCAUCACGCUCAUAUGGUUGGUUUCCUUUGGUAUCACACUACUUGUUCACCAUUGUUUUGGGUGGAGGAUAAACUUCAAAGGGAAAGGAUCAACUCCUUCCCAAAAGAUUCGUCUUGUGCUGCUAAUUCUUUUCUCAUGUGCCUCCAUGGUGGGCUGUAUUCUUUUAUCAGUUGGUCAACUUGAAUUUCAUAGUGAAGGCUUGCAGACAUUGAAAUAUGUUGUAAACCAAUCAGACUACACAGCUCUAAUGCUAAGAAAUGUGUCAGAAUACUUAACUCUUGUAAAGUCUGUUGAUGUACCUCAGUUCAAUCUGCCACAGAGUACCAUGCAGGAGAUUGAUGAGCUGAAUACACGCUUGAGUUCUGGUGCUGACACAUUAACCGAGAAAACUAAUAAAAAUUCCGUAAAAGUUAGAAGAGUCUUCAAUACUCUACGAUCAGCGUUAAUUAUUGUCGCUUCUGUGAUGCUUGUUUUGGCUAUUUUGGGUCUGGUGCUUUCUCUCCUCGGGCACCCAAAUGUGAUUCACAUAUUCAUUUUCAGUGGAUGGAUACUUGUGGCGGUUACAUUGACUCUUUGUGGAACAUUUAUGACCUUGAACUCUGCUAUUUCAGACUCGUGUGUGGCAAUGCAAGAGUGGGUAGAUAAUCCUCGAGCUGAGACAGCUCUUAGCAACAUUCUUCCAUGUGAAGAUGAGAGAGCAACCAACCAGACACUAUUUGAAAGUAGAAAAGUUGUUGGCUUGCUUGUAAACACUCUCAAUACGUAUAUUUACACUGCAGCAAAUACGGAUCGACCACCAUCUGAUCAAUUCUACUACAAUCAAUCUGGACCUUUGAUGCCCCCUCUUUGCUAUCCUUAUGACGAUAAAAUGCAAGAUCGUGAGUGUUCACCUCAGGAGGUGUCUAUGGCAAAUGCUUCUACGGUGUGGGCGAAAUACAUCUGCACGACAUCCGUGGAUAAUAAAAAUUGUACAAGUGUAGGCAGGCUGACUCCAGGGGUAUAUACUCAACUGGUGCUGGCUGUGAACGCAAGUUACGCUGUGCUGCAUUACACCCCUGAGAUGCUUAACCUUCAAAACUGUAAUUUCUUGCGGGAAACAUUUAUGACAAUUACAUCGAGAUUUUGCCCUCCUUUGGAACAUAAACUUCUGAUUGUGAUUAUAGGUUUGGGAUUUAUAUCAGCUGGUAUAAUGCUGUGUCUCAUUCUUUGGUUAGUCUAUGCAAACCGCCCCCGAAGGGAGGAAGCGUUUGUGAAAACCCCAUCAAUAACAGGCUCAGGCAGUUGCAAUGGGCUGAGCAACCGCCAUGAAAACAAGGAUGGUCGUGUUAGUAUGGUAUCUUUUGUAGUAACAUCUCCAGCUAGAGUUGUUCCAGAUAUAGAGAAAUAGUUCAUUGAUCUGAGAUUUUCUUCCCACCUUCCAAUUAAUGAUAGAGAAACCAAGGCGGUGCCAUUUGUUAAACAUCAUCUUGAGUUUGUGGUUGGUUGGAAUUGUAUGAUUAUUGUAUAUUGUAUGGGAAUUUUGUAUAGUAUAUUGUUUAAUAAUAGAAAUGAGCUACGAUUCUUGUAUUCUACUACGUAUAAAAUAUUUCCACUG